GGUCAAGAUGGCUGCGCGGUGUUCUCCACGCUGGUUGCUGGUGGCGGUGGGAAUCCCCCGGCUGCCGGCUGCAGCGGGGAGAGGGGCCCAGCAACCCCGGGGCGGCGUAGUGGGAACAUCACUGGCUCGCAAGCUGAGCAUCUCUGCCUCCGGGCUUUCCAUGAGCGGUUACGGCCCCCGGGCGCUGCUGACAUUGAGACCGGGUGUCCGCCUCACAGGAGCAAAAAGUUUCCCUUUUGUUUGUACUGCUUCCUUCCACACAAGCGCUUCCUUGGCCGAAGAUUAUUACCAGAUAUUAGGAGUGCCCCGAAAUGCCAGCCGGAAAGAUAUCAGGAAAGCCUAUCUUGAGCUUGCCAAGAAAUAUCACCCGGACUCAAACAAGGAUGAUCCCAAAGCCAAGGAAAAGUUUACCCAAGUGGCACGAGCAUACGAGGUGUUGUCUGAUGAAGCAGAGAGGAAGCGUUAUGAUACUUACGGCUCUGCUGGCUUUGAUCCUGGAGCCAGCAGCUCUGGGCAGAGCCAGUGGAGAGGAGGGCCCUCUGUUGACCCGGAGGAGCUAUUCAGGAAGAUCUUUGGGGAGUUCUCAUCAUCUCCUUUUGGAGAUUUCCAGACUGUGUUUGAUCAGCCUCAGGAAUACAUCAUGGAAUUGACGUUCAAUCAAGCUGCCAAGGGCGUCAACAAGGAGUUCACUGUGGACAUCACGGAUACCUGUGAGCGCUGUGACGGCAAGGGGAAUGAGCCUGGAACCAAAGUGCAGCAUUGCCAUUACUGCGGCGGCUCCGGCAUGGAAACUAUCAAUACAGGCCCUUUUGUGAUGCGUUCCACAUGUCGGAGAUGUAGUGGCCGGGGCUCCAUCAUCACAAAUCCUUGUGUGGUCUGCAGAGGAGCAGGACAAGCCAAGCAGAAGAAGCGAGUGACGAUUCCUGUGCCUGCAGGAGUUGAAGAUGGUCAGACCGUAAGGAUGCCUGUGGGAAAACGAGAAAUUUUUGUCACAUUCAGGGUGCAGAAAAGCCCUGUGUUCCGGAGGGACGGCGCAGACAUCCACUCCGACCUCUUUAUUUCAAUAGCUCAAGCUAUUCUCGGGGGUACAGCCAAAGCGCAGGGCUUAUAUGAGACAAUCAAUGUGACGAUCCCUGCUGGGAUUCAGACAGACCAGAAGAUUCGCUUGUCUGGGAAAGGCAUCCCCCGGAUUAAUAGCUAUGGCUAUGGAGACCACUACAUUCACAUCAAGAUCAGAGUUCCAAAGAGGCUAACCAGUAGGCAGCAGAACCUGAUCCUGAGCUAUGCCGAGGAUGAGACUGAUGUGGAGGGGACAGUAAAUGGGGUCACUCAGACAAGUACUGGUGGCAGAACCAUGGAUAGCUCCGCAGGAAGCAAGGAUAGGCGAGAGGCUGGGGAGGACAAUGAGGGAUUCCUUUCCAAACUUAAGAAAAUGUUUACUUCCUGAUACCCCUGCUGAGGAAAACGGUCAACAGGAAGCUAGGCCAGGAGCAGCAGCCCCUCUCCACGGCCAGGGCAUCCGACACAGGAGGACCCCAGAACAGCAGCUCGGGGGAUCCCUGCUUACAGAGCCCUCUGAACCACCUAGUAACAGCAAACUACGUGAUGACACCUUCUGCAUAAAGGUCAUGGUGAUGUGUGGCCUUUGGGCUGGUGGGAAAUAUCCUCUCCACUGGUAGGUGGCUUGCUUCUGGCCCAGACAGGGUAAAACACUUGGACUCUUCUUGCAGCAGUAAAAACAUGGAAUCGCAUGUAGUAGAGAGCUUUAAAAAAUUAAAGGCCGUGCUUACAGCUUAAAAUGAAGCCUUAAGCUGCACAGCGUUGUGAAGUGAUUAAUUUCCCUUUCAACAAAGCUCAUGGAGGUUCUGAAAUACAUCUUUCCCUACAGGCCGUCCUCUCUAGGACCUAGGGGCAGCAUACCCCGGCCAGUGCCAUCCUCCCUGACAGGGUCUGUUGAGGUGCCUCUCACUCCCCUUGGAAUUUGUUUGCUUUUGUUUUAUUGAAGGUACCAAGCCGCUGGAGAGUGGGUGCUAGGGCCUUGGAGGCACUCUUGGGCAACUCAGUCACUCUGUCCACUUCACCUCAGAAGCAGCUUGCCUGACAACUGAUUAGAUUGUUCUAGUCAGGUGUGGAAGAUGUGUCCUACCCUGUUGGACCAAAGCUACUGGUCAUGUGGGACAGCCGCCAGCCUCUGGACCCAGCGCUUUGCCAACCAGGGCUUGGUUCCCCCCCUUCCAUUGCUGACAUUUGAUUUCCAAAGUAUAUUUAAAUUACCCAAUGACAAGAAUCAUUGUCUUUUCCUGUGUCAAUGUCAGGAGGAAAAGGGCAGUGUCCUGGGUGAAGACUGCACCGUGCACAGAGCAGUCUCAUUUUCAGCCUCUGCUGAAAGCAUGUUACGGUUUCCGUGUGUUCCAAGGUCCUGGAGCUAGUGAAAGACACACUAAUGAAGAACUCUUGCUCUGUAGUUUCUUUCUUUUCCUUUAUAAUUUACAUAAGUAAAGCAUUUCUCAGUGUCUGAUUUAAGAAUGUAAAGUGAUUUCUGUAUCAGUGUAAAUAAGAUGAUCUACUACAAAACAUAUUUAAAACCAAAA